AUGAAUGAGAUUGUGGGGGCCUCCUAUCGUACUAAACGUUUGCGGGGGCCUCCUACCAUACUACAGGGUCGUUGGCCCUCUUAUCGUGCUACGAGUUUGUGGGGCCUCCUAUCAUACUACAAGAUUGUGGCGGCCUCCUAUCGUACUAAACGUUUGCAGGGGCCUCCUACCAUACUACAGGGUCGUUGGCCCUCUUUUCGUGUACGAGUUUGUGGGGACCUCCUAUCAUACUACAAGAUUGUGGGGGCCUCCUAUCGUACUAAACGUUUGCGGGGGCCUCCUACCAUACUACAGGGUCGUUGGCCCUCUUAUCGUGCUACGAGUUUGUGGGGGCCGCCUAUCAUACUACAAGAUUGUUGGGCCUCCUAUCGUACUACAAGGACCUUCUUUGUAAGAUAUAAGGAAUACCUCCCUAUCUAUCUAUCUAUCUUUCUAUCUAUCUAUCUAUGUUCAUAUGUAUCUGUAUAUCCCAGAAAAAUAUGA